CUUGUCUGCUUUCUUAAUAUCAGGAGGAACGCAUAGCGUCAGAUGUUGCAGACACUUCUUUAGACCUGUUAGGGAGAGUUCUUUGAUGAAAUUCAAAAUUUCUUUGCACAAGUCGUUUGAGGAUUGAUUCGGAGUUUUCUGAAUCUUGUAAAUGCCAAUGCUAGCUAUUGAAUAAUGCAAAGUAUUGUUCAAACAGAAUUUUUAAAGAUAAACAGCAUGAGUUAAAUUCUAUAUUUACUAGAUGUCUUCCAACUUGUAUUAUUUUCUUCAAUUUUUUGUUUGAAAUAAGAAAAUUUCUUAUCUUCAAGAUGCAUGUCACUUUCGGAAUAAAAUUUAUUAUCGAUCUCAAAUAAAAUGAGUUAUUCUUCUCUAUUUUAUUUCUUUUUCAAAUACAUAAGCUAUAAUUUUUUUAACAAAACAAGAGUUAAAAAUUUUCUUAAAUAUUAUUCUUUUUUUCUGCCGGAAAAUAACUUUUUUACUGCUCAAAAAGUUAAUUGGAGUCAUCUUUUUGAUAAAAUAGCUAGAUUGGUUUUUAUUGCAUCUAUUCAUCACCCAGUUAAUGUUCCUGAAACCCAUAAACCAAUUUUUGCCUUCCAAAUUAUAACAAACUGUAUAAUGAAGUUGAUGGAGCAGUUGUUUUUCAUUUCCGUAGAACUUUUCCUGUUUCUUUUUAGUUCUGGAUUCCAUUUUAUAAUAAUUCAAUUAUAA